AAUCGACCCUGUUUCAUGAUGUCCGGCUCGACCAGAGAAUGCGGCCACCCCUGUCCCGACUUUGCAGAUAUUUAGCGCGGUCGGACGCCCAGCCAUGUGGAUCUGCUCUGAUUCUUCCCAUUCUCGUUCGUAGUGCCAUGGUUUGGGCCUGCAGCGCUCACAUACUGAGCAGAACACCCAUCGAGAUCAAUACCCCAAAUCGCUUCCAUGCCACGAUGAAACCGUGCUCAUCCUGGGCGACAGCCGCAUUCCUCUCGAUUUCGGCAUCACGCACCGAAAUACAACAUACGGACGUGCGGUCAGACAAGUUCAACUUCCUCAAGAUGGCCAAGCGCGCCAUACAUCGGUGACCCAUCCAGCAGAAUGCGCAACUCAGGAGAUAUGACUGCGUGUU